AUGUUAACAAGAAGAUUCAGUACCUCGAUACGACAUUACAAGAAGUUCAAAUAUGACCCAAACUACAAAUUCAAAUGUGGUUUAGAGAUCCAUACUCAACUUAAAACCAAGCAUAAGUUGUUCUCACUUUCAGAAACAAGUUUCAAUGCUCCACCAAACACCAAGAUUAGUUAUUUUGAUGUCGGGUUACCUGGCUCACAACCGAAACUUAACCCUGAGGCACUUUAUCUAGCAUUGAAGGCAGCUGUUGUAUUUGAUUGUGAUAUACAAGAAUUUUCCACGUUUGAUCGUAAGCAUUAUUUCUAUCCUGAUCAACCUUUAGGAUAUCAGAUUACUCAACAUUAUCAUCCAGUAGCCAAGAAUGGACAGAUUGUAUUGGAUCCCAAAUUUGAUAAUGUCAAAACUAGCAAAACAAUUCGUAUUGAACAAUUACAAAUAGAACAAGAUACUGGAAAGACUGUUAAUUUCGAUGAUAAGAUAACCAUUGAUUUAAAUAGAAGUAAUACCCCAUUAAUUGAGGUUGUGACCAAACCUGAUUUCGAAGAUAUCAAACAAGUACAUUCUUUUGUAAAGAAAUAUCAAUUAUUAGUAAGUUAUUUGGGAAUCUGUAGUGGUGAUUUAGAAACUGGGGCAAUUAGAGUUGAUGCGAAUAUAAAUGUGAACGACCAUCCAAGAGCAGAGAUUAAGAAUUUGGGAAAUACUAGUGACAUAGUCAAUGCAUUACAAUAUGAAUAUAAUAGACAAAUCAGCGAACUUGAAAAAGGUAAUCAACUUGUACAGGAAACAAGGGGUUGGGACGGUAGAAAGACAAGAACGUUACGUACAAAGGAAGACGCAUUGGAUUAUAGAUAUGUUCCAGAUUCAGAAUUGGAAGCAAUCAGAUUAAGUAAGAACAUUUCUAAAGAGAUCAAAGAGAGUCUACCCGAUUUACCAGAUAAAGUUCUUGAAAAAUUAACAAACGAACCAUAUCAAUUAUCGUUAGACCUCUCUAAAUUCCUUUUAAAUUCUCCUCCAAUUUUAGAAUACUAUUACAAAUUCUUUCAUAGAUUCACUGAGGAAUUGAAGCAAACAUCGAAAUCAGCUAACAAUUGGAUAUUCCAAGAGCUAUUUGCUUCAUUUGCAAAGUCUCAGGUUAAUUUUGAUGUUGAUAUAAUUAGUUCAGACCGCUUGUUCGAUAUAACAAAAGCUAUCUCAGACGGACAAUUAUCGUUAGUGGCCGGUAGAAUAUUAUUAAAGUAUUUGAUAAAGAACCCACAAUGUGCUGCACAACCAUUACAAGAAAUAAUCGAAGAUCUUGAUUUAGAAAAACCACAGGGAGUUUCAGCUGAGGAGUUAAAUGACGCAGUGACAGAGUUAUGUGAGCAUAUAAUUGAAAGUAAUCCUGCUUUCGUUGACAAGAUAAGGCAAGGUAAUACUAAAGUAAUUCAAGCCUUAGUCGGGUCUGCAAUGAAAGCAAGCAAAGGAAAAAUACACGCAACCGAAUUCAGAGCAAAAUUUGACGAGCUUCUCAAUGUAAAAUAG